AUGAAUAUUGAUGACGGGCGUGUUGUCAGCAAUUUCAUUGCUCAAGAAGUUCGUGGUGAAUCCUUGGCUGUUCAAGCUCCUGGAACACAAACUCGGGGUUUUUGUUAUGUGUCUGACAUGCCGAGGUUCCGAAUUGCAGCUGAAAUUGGCAUUGGACUGUUGUUCCUCCACCAGACUAAACCAGAGCCACAAGUGCACCAUGACCUAAAACUGGCGAACAUACUGCUGGACCGCAACUACGUGAACAAGAUUAGUGACGUUGGGUUGGUCAGGCUGGUUCCCCCAUCUGUAGCUGACAAUGUGACCCAGUAUCGGAUGACAUCAACAGCUGGGACUUUCUGCUAUAUAGAUCCAGAGUAUCAGCAAGCAGGCAUGCUGGGCAUAAAAUCUGAUGUCUACUCCCUUGGCAUCAUGCUUCUACAGAUAAUAACAGCCAAGCCGCCAAUGAGGUUGAUCCACCUUGUUGAAAGAGCUAUUGAAAAAGAUACAUUCGAAUAGGUACUGGAUCCGAUUGUGUCUGAUUGGCCACUUGAAGAGGCAUUGAGCUUCGCCAAGAUAGCCCUCCAGUGUGCAGAACUAAGGCAGAAAGACGGACCUGAUCUUGGCAAGGCUGUGUUACCAGAACUCAACAGAAUGAGAGAGUUUUCAGAGGAACAUUUGGACCCACAGGUUUGACCCGUUUUGCAUGGCCACCUUUGGCAUGCAACCAAGGGGCCACGUGUCAUCUUUCAUUUCCUCAUCUCUUUUAGAUUUUGAAAGCAAUUCUCCCAAACUUCAUUUUUGUAAAUAAUUUUUCAAAUCCUGUUUUUUUAAAAUGACUUCAAGUCUCCAAAGUUUUCAUCCUUAAGAGUUUUUUUAGGUUUCACAAGUCCCAUUUUCAAAAAAAUUGGUUGCUAUGUUUCUCUUGGGCAAGCCAUUUUUACAUUUUUUAAGACUUUAAA